GAAAGCAAUUGUCUCCGAAGCAUCCCAGAGACUUGCUGGAUGCAUGCAUAGCAUUUGCGUUCUGUUGAGGAUUCUUUCAUUACGUGUUAUAAUAAUGCAGAUUUUUAUUAUGACUGCCAACUAACCGUAUCACAUUUAAAGUACAUUUAUUACUUGUUUUAUAUGCUACAUGGCAUCGGACGGGACUCGAGGUGUGGGUGAUAUUUCACACUAAGAAAAGGAAAAAUAGCAUAAUUUGAAGAACGGACAACGGUAAAUCGUCCAAAUUAACUUUUUCAGAAAGUUAGAAUAAGGAAGUUACUACAAUGACCGCCCGAGCUGGAACUGGAGUUUUCUUAUUAUCUCUACUGUCUAUUCCUGCAACUUACGCGUUUAAUUAUUUAUAUGCGAUUCGUGGCUCAUGGACAAUUCUUGCAUUUGGAUUACUAACUUUGAUCGUUAUUGCUGUACUGGCUCGUCUUAUGGUCAGAAAGAAACCACCAAAGGAUCCUUUAUUUUAUGUUUAUGCUGUGUUUGCUUUCACUAGCGUUUUGAGCCUCAUUAUUGGACUUGAACAAGAUGGAAUUAUUGAUGGAUUUGUGACAUUUUACUUGAAACAGGGUGAGCCAUACUUAAAUACUGCCCAUGGCCACAUGAUCUGCUAUUGGGAUGGAUCUGCCCAUUACCUUAUGUACCUCCUUAUGGUAGCAGCAAUUGCCUGGGAGGAGAGCUACAGAACAAUGGGCCUGUACUGGGUAGGCUCCAUCCUAAUGAGUGUAGCUGUGUUAUUGCCUGGAACUGUUGUUGGAAAAUAUGGAACUAAACUGAGUGCUGCCAUUCUUCUAAAUGUUCCUUAUGUUUGCCUUCCUGUAUGUGCUGGAUUCAAGAUUUAUAAACAUCCUUCGGUAUCUAACAACCUAGCACCCAAGGCAAUACAAGAAAUUCAAAGAAAAGGGCUACUAAGGCGACCACUGGAUCUGAUGUUUGUAAUAUACUUCAUAUUCUCCACUGGUUUCUGUAUAUUUCGAGGACUAAUUGCAUUAGAUUGUCCUACAGAACUUUGCCGGCAAUAUGUUCAGCUUCAAGAGCCAUACCUGAAGGAUCCUGCAGCUUAUCCUAAACUUCAGAUGUUGGUGUACAUGUUUUACUGUAUUCCUUACUACACAUUUGCCUUAAGUGGACUGUUGUUUCCUGGAUAUACCUGGAUGCCUGAUUUGGCACUUCUGCACGCUGGAGGAUUAGCACAGGCCCAGUUUGCCUACAUUGGGGCCUCUCUUCAUGCCAGAACCCCUUAUAUCUACAGAGUACCAGAAGAAGCAAGGAAUGCUUUUCUAGUAAUAAACAUACUCUUUGGAAUUAUGCCUCAACUUUUCGCUUACAGGUGUGUUAGCUGGCCAGAGUUCUUCAUGAAGACCAAAGAACAUGAGAAGGAUGAAUAAUACUAUCAUCAUGUAGAGCACAUUUCAUUGUUUUUGUGAUAUAGCAAAUUGAACUGUCAGUGGACAUUAAAGCAGUUGAAAAACUGUGAUGUUAGGAACAUUUAUGGGCAUUUUAUAGUUUACUGUUCUCUUAAUGCUUUGUAUGCAUUUUCAUUUUCUGAAGGAGUGUCAUUUGACAAAAAAAUGCCACAAGCUUGUUUUAGCGUUUUUUUUCUGUAUCUCUUUGACUCUGAGAUUACAGAAUGCAUACAUCUGAGUAGUAGAAAAAAAGUUGCUAAAUGUCAAGUGCAGUGCAGUUAUAGGCGUUUUCUUUAUUUUCUGCCUGUGAGUGAAAGAACUCUCAUUAAGUCUAAGUACCUUAAUAAGAACAUUUGACGCUGUUGUGUUCUUGUCUUGUUAUAUGGGUCAUCUUGUAGUUGAAGUGCACUGAUAAUCCUUUUUGUUACAACAUUGCAGCCAUCUGUGUCAGAAAUGCUUUUUGGCUGCAAAUAUUAGGCACAAGCCAUCUGUUAACUCUGCUUACUGAGCAACUUUGCUACCACACUCCAAGUCCUUAGUCUUAUUUCCAUACCCUUUAUCAGAACUGCUCUAGAUGUAUGUAAUUAGAAAUCAGGGUCUGUAGCAGAGUAUAGUAAAUGUUAUUGAAGUGCAUACUUAAUUUCAUUGAAGGCUUCUGCUGUGACUGGGAGAGGAACUAGAGACCCCUAUGGUUAACAUGCUUAAUUAUACAGGGACAAGAGACUAGUGAAGCCAAAGUGGGGCAUGGCUCCCACAGUUGUGGACACUUGGAUGGUCAGCCAAGUUUAGCUUAUGACACGAAGGUUAGCUUAAUGUUUAGACCCUGUUUUGGUACUCCUUGUUAGAGGUGGGGAAUAUGGUGAAUGUUCAUAUCAAUACCUUAAUGUUGUACCCCAUAAACAUUUUGUAAGUUGCGAGGCUCCUGCUGACAUGUGACCCUGAAUAGGAUUAUGAUUUGAGAAAGGAUAAUUUUGAAAUAAGUGAAUUGUAGCUUAUAUUACAAGCUACUGAAUAUUUAUAAGUUCAGUAUAUGUUUUAAAAAACACUUUAUAGCAUGUAUUUUAAAGCUUUAUAACAGUAGGAUUUUAUAUACCUGUAAAAUAAAAUGGGUAAUAGUGUUUAAUUAUUUGAGCUGCUACAAUAUAGAAAUGUUAAAGGGUGUUGCAGUUUAACAUCUGUAUCAACAAGCAGUGUAGACUUAUUUUAAAAUAUUAGUUAACCAGAGGUCCUAUCCUGUACCAGCAGCAAUGCUUAUGUUUACCACCAUAAUUUUGUAAAGUAGCACUUAACAUGCCUAUAUAACAUUUUGUACUCUUAGCAUGCAUUUUUGUAUGCAUUAUUCUUUUCUUGCCAAGUCUGUGCUGAUGCUAUGACUAGCAGAACUACAGUUCUCAGAGGUCAGACAGUAAGCACUGUAUGUAAAUUGUACAAAAGCAAGAAGGCCUCAUUAUGUUUAAUCUAGACUUAAUUUAAUGGGGAGAGCAGCUGUACUGUAUCAAAUAAACAACCAAAAUAAC